UUUUUAAUCUUAAGAACCGAAAGGUCAAUUUGCUAACGGAAAACGGCUUACAAUAGUAAAAUACACCGGUACACAGCGAAUCGGAGGAUAUUCGGAGAAUUAAAACACGUUUAGCUGUCUAGCUCCUUUCUCGCUCUCUGCAACUGACUGGCUCCCAGCCUUAUCUCUUUUCCUCCCCUACUCAACACUGCAAACUCCGUUCAAAGCCAUGAGCGAAGAGAGAGCCGUUCUAGUGUGCCGCAACAUCCCAAGCCUUAGCGAAAGCUUCAAUUCCGGUUUCACUCAGACCACGGACCACGAGCCGCUAUGGAAGACCGCGCGGCUCAGCUGUACUGCGAGUGGCAGCCGCGGUAAUUUCGCCUGCGUGUCGGUGGCGGAAAAGAGAUACCAGAGGGAGUUCGAGCCGACUCUGGCUCAGCUCCUGAAGCACCCGCUGGCUGUAGCCGCUUGCGUGCCCAAGGACGCCGCACUCUUCGCCGCCGGCGCCAUCUCCGGCGCCGCUGCCAAGACCGUCACGGCUCCGCUCGAACGCAUCAAGCUCCUCAUGCAGACUCACGGUGUGCGAGUUGGGCAAGAAAGUGCUAAGAAAGCGAUUGGUUUCGUCGAGGCCAUAACAUUGAUUGGGAAGGAAGAAGGGAUCAAAGGGUACUGGAAAGGCAACCUUCCUCAGGUGAUACGGGUCAUACCUUACAGUGCCGUCCAGCUUUUUGCUUAUGAAACUUACAAGAAACUAUUUAGGGGAAAGGAUGGUGAGCUCUCUGUUAUUGGAAGACUUGCGGCAGGUGCAUGUGCUGGCAUGACGUCCACUUUUAUAACAUACCCUUUAGAUGUCCUGAGGUUACGGUUAGCAGUUGAACCAGGGUACCGAACUAUGUCUGAGGUUGCGUUAAACAUGCUCAGAGAAGAAGGAUUUGCCUCAUUUUACUUUGGUCUUGGGCCUUCCCUUCUCGGAAUAGCACCGUAUAUUGCUGUGAACUUUUGUGUUUUUGACUUGGUGAAGAAGUCUUUGCCAGAGAAAUAUCAGAAAAGGACCGAAGCAUCUCUACUAACUGCUGUGGUGUCAGCUUCUCUUGCCACGAUCACAUGUUAUCCCCUGGACACCGUGAGAAGACAGAUGCAAAUGAAGGGCACACCUUAUAAGACUGUUCUGGAUGCCUUUCCGGGAAUUGUGGCACGUGAUGGAAUAAUCGGCUUGUACCGAGGCUUUCUUCCCAAUGCUUUAAAAACCCUACCAAAUAGCAGCAUUAGGCUUACCACCUUUGACAUUGUUAAACGCCUAAUCGCAGCCAGUGAAAAAGAGUUCCAGAGAAUCGUGGAGGAAAAUCGCAGUGAACAUGGCCAGAGUGCCAGUAACUGAAAGAGCCUGGGUUUUUGAUGCCUUUGUAUUGUUUUUGAAUAGUCUACUCCCACUCAUUUUUCUUGUGGAGAUCAUGUCCCCUUAGAAUUAGCCAUUAUUUCUGUAUUGUAGUUUCUAAGAAUUCAUGAGGCUCAGAAAAAAGAAAAAGAAAAAAAAAAUCCAAGAAAUUUAACACGACGUUAGAAUUAGGAAUUAGGAUGCCAAUUUUUUGUGGAAUUCAAGCUCCUACGAAAUUUCCUGUUCCUUAUGUGGAUUAUGUUCUACCAAAAACUUCUUGAGCUCCCACUGCUUCCUUGUCCAGGGGCUCUAUUUUGUGAGUUAAUGUAUUAUCCUUUGACUUGAAA